AUGGCGGAAGCAAACGGAGGGCUCGAAACGAGCGGAUACAAGAAAUGCAAAGACCUAGGUGACUUCCAAGCGGAAGGAAAGGAGGUGUGGCUGAUAAGAGCUCCGCGGAAGCUGGAUCUCAGCAAGGUAAAAAGCCUGCCAGUUGAUUUCACCGGCAAGGGCAAGGCCGCAUUCGAGAAGCAGGGCCUCACCUUCGAGGUGCGCGAAGACUCGCACGAAGACGGCUCUGGGCUUUCUGUGCUCGUGCCAGCCGACAAGCAGACACUGGUCAGCGGGGCCGGCGUGAGCCGCGUGUUCACAAUCAGCGAGACCGUAGACCUGGAGCAGCAGGCGAAGGACCGCAAGCGCCGCGCGCCUGAGCCAGAGCCCGAGUCCGGGUCUGUCGAGGCGGACGCUGAGCAGCAGACGCCAAAGAAGCACAAGAAAGACAAGAAAGACAAGAAGGAUAAGAAGGACAAGAAAGAAAAGAAGGACAAGAAGGACAAGAAGGACAAAAAACACAAGCAUAAGGCCUGA